GCUAAUAUCUCCAAAAUUAACGGUCAUGAAAGGCACGAGCUCAGAUCUGGAAGGCUUUGUACGAGGCAAGGACGAAGCUCCCUGACUCAGACCACCGAAGCACGGCGAGCAAUUUCCCUCCUAAAUAAAGGUGGAAUCUUGAACUCUAGAGGCUUCAAGUUCAGAGGUUGAACCUUCAAUCUCAAUGGGGGAAGCUCCAGCUUUUGUUUCAGAAAAUUGGGUUGGAGAUUGUGACGGUGGAGCUGAUUUGAAGUCCAAGGAAAACAAAAAAGCCAUUGAUAUUGGCAGCAAAACAUAUGUUCUUAGUGGUGAAGCUGAUCUUGAACCAGUGUCAACAAUUGAAGUUCAAAUUUAUGAAAAUUUCAUUGGAAAAUGGAUAAACCCAGUUGUUUUGGGAACCACCCCCAAGGCAUCUAAUAAGGGCUUCUCAGCGUUGAUUUUAAAUGGUGAAAGGGUAUUGGUUGUAAUGAAGAAUUCAACCCUCUCUGACUGCUUUUGGUUUCUUGAGGUGAAUACCCCUUUUGUUAGAGAACAGGAGAAGAACUUUGAUACAGAAGUGGUAGCCUGGAGCAAAGGAGUAUUAGGUCAUUCUGAGAAGCCAAUUGUUAUCAGUGGUCCUUCUGGAGUGGGGAAGGGGACAUUGAUAUCCAAAUUAAUGGAAGAAUUUCCGUCCAUGUUCGGAUUUUCUGUUAGUCAUACUACCAGGGCUCCUAGAGUGAAGGAACAAGAUGGUGUUCAUUACCAUUUUUCCGAGCGAAGUAAAAUGGAGAAAGAGAUAAGGGAUGGGAAGUUUCUUGAGUAUGCCACUGUUCAUGGAAAUCUAUACGGAACUAGUGUAGAAGCUGUUGAAGUGGUUGCUGAUUCUGGAAAGAGAUGCAUACUUGAUAUUGAUGUUCAAGGAGCAAAGUCUGUGAGGGCUAGCUCUCUGGAAGCCAUUUUCAUAUUUAUCACCCCCCCUUCAUUUGAAAAGCUUGAGCAGCGCCUUCGGGCAAGGGGAACCGAGACCGAAGAGCAGAUCCAAAAGCGUCUCCGGAAUGCUAAAGAAGAGCUUGAGAAAGGGAAAUCCCCUGGCCUCUUUGAUCAUUUCUUAGUCAACGAUGACCUUGAAAUUUGCUACCAGUCCCUCAAGGCUAUACUGGGACUUGGUGAAGGCCUCAAGAACCCAGAUAAAACAAGUCCAAAACUAGCCGACUUGCCCAUGGGGAGUCAUAUUUCAAUUGUUGAUCAGAAGAAGAUACUAAUAAACUGGGAUCUUGCAGAAAAGGGAAGCACCAUGUGUAAAAGGUUUAUUUUGGACUUAUCAUUGCUCAAGGGCGGAGCACCAGGACGAACAAGAGGACUAAGCCUUCACGCCAUUGAUUCUCCUUCUACAGAUGCUGAAAACCUCUCCUUUCCGAGCUAACAUUUGCAAGUUUUUGGGUUUUUAUUUUUUUUAUUCAAGUUUUUCUUUUCCAAUGACCAUACACAAAUUGAGAACUCAAUAGAGAAAGAAUAGAGAUAGGGUUUAAUGGGAUUCUGAUUUGUAACCGAGUGUUUCAGGGUAGUGAAAAUGUGAAUUUUGUUGAUUUAUUUAUUUUGUGUGUAAAAGUAUAUACGGAAGGGAAAAGGGGCAAAAACACCCCUAA